GAGCACUUUGGCGGGAGCGCGUUGUAGUCAUAGUUUGUUGUUGGGCGGUUUGUUGGUCAAGCGAUUAAAGAAUAUGAAGCAUGCCCCACGCUUUCGAAGCCGCCCCAAUGCGGUCACGGAUAGCACAUCAACAGCAGGAGCAACAACAACAAGUACACCGCCACCUUCACCUGUAUCAACCACAUCCGGAGGAGGAACUAAUCAAACCGUAAAGGGCGCUUGCAUCCCCACCACUCACGACGAUCCCCAGCGACCGCUCAGGUGCCUGGAAACACUUGCACAGAAAGCGGGCAUCAACUUCGACGAGGACUUUGCCAGUCCGUCCCAGUCGCCCAGCACCAAAACACGCGGAUCAGCCGGAACGCCACCUAUUAGGCGGCGCCACCCACUUCUGCCGUUAACGAGCAGCUCACCAAGAACUCCAAACUCAAAGCCGCGCGCCUUCAAGCUGGAGAAGUCACAGAGUCCCGCCCAACAAGUGGCGGCCGCCACCACGGCGCUCCAGAUCUCCCCCGAACAGCUGCAGCAGUUUUAUGCGACCAAUCCCUAUGCCAUCCAGGUGAAGCAAGAGUUCCCAACGCACACGGCUGGAGGAGGGAGCACAGAGCUGAAGCACGCAGCCAACAUUCUCGAUGUUCAGCAGCAGAUGCAAUUGCAGCAGCAGCUGUCCGAUGCUACUGGAGGGGGAGGAGCGGGAGGUGGAGCAUCGGGGAACGCAGGAGCAGCAGGAGGAGCACCCAGCCCAGCCAACUCCCAGCAGUCCACCGCUAUCAGCACUAUGUCACCGAUGCAGCUAGCGGCGACCACCGGAGGCGUGGGCGGGGACUGGUCGCAGGGAAGGGCAGUACAGCUGAUGCAGCCGUCGACCAGCUUCCUGUACCCGCAGAUGUUCGUGUCGGGCAAUGUGCUGCACUCAGGCGGCCUUGGCCAGCAGCCCAUCCAGGUGAUCACCGCUGGCAAGCCCUUCCAGGGGAACGGCCCCCAGAUGCUCACCACCACGACGCAGAACGCCAAGCAGAUGAUCGGCGGCCAGGCUGGAUUCGCGGGCGGCAACUACGCCACCUGUAUUCCCUCAAACCACAACCAGUCGCCUCAGACGCUGCUUAUCUCGCCGGUGAGUGUCAUCUCCCACUCGCCGCAGCAGCAGCAGAACUUGCUGCAGAUGGCCGCCGCCGCUCAGCAGCAGCAACAACUCACGCAGCAACAGCAGCAGCAGCUCACCCAGCAGCAACAGCUUACCCAGCAGCAACAACAACAGCAGCAACAGCUGACAGCUGCACUGGCCAAAGUGGGCGUGGAUGCGCAGGGCAAGCUGGCCCAGAAAGUGGUUCAAAAGGUGACGACCACCAGCAGCACAGUGCAGGCGGCGACCGGGCCGGGAUCCGCUGGGACUACACAGGCGCAGCAGGUGCAGCAGGUCCAACAACAGCAGCAGCAGACCACCCAAACCACCCAGCAGUGCGUCCAGGUCUCGCAGUCGACGUUACCAGUGGGGGUGGGCGCCCAGUCCGUGCAGACUGCCCAACUCCUGAACGCGGGCCAGGCGCAACAAAUGCAGAUCCCCUGGUUCUGGCAGAAUGCGGCAGGGUUACAGCCCUUCGGAUCGAACCAGAUCAUACUGCGCAACCAACCGGAUGGGACGCAGAGCAUGUUCAUCCAACAGCAGCCGACGACGCAGACCCUGCAGACGCAGCAAAACCAGAUAAUCCAGUGCAAUGUGACCCAAACUCCGACCAAGGCACGCACUCAACUGGACGCACUUGCUCCCAAGCAGCAACAGCCGCAACAAGCAGGAUCCACAAACCAGACGCAGCAGCAGCAGCUGGCUGUGGCUACUGCCCAGUUGCAGCAACAGCAGCAACAGCAGCAACAGCUCACGGCAGCUGCUCUGCAGCGGCCAGGAGCCCCGAUCAUGCCUCACAAUGGAACUCAAGUGCGGCCGGCCAGCUCUGUGUCCACGCAGACGGCCCAGAAUCAGAGCCUGCUGAAGGCCAAGAUGCGCAACAAGCAGCAGCCGGUGCGACCCGCAUUACCCACCUUGAAAACGGAGAAUGGUCAGGUCGCGGGCCAGAACAAGGUGGUGGGUCACUUGACCACCGUGCAGCAGCAACAACAGGCGACUAACCUCCAGCAGGUGGUCAAUGCGGCAGGCAACAAAAUGGUUGUGAUGAGCACUACGGGCGCUCCCAUCACCCUCCAGAAUGGACAAACACUUAAUGCAGCCACUACGGCAGGAGUGGACAAACAGCAACAGUUGCAGCUGAUUCAGAUUCAGAAGCAGCAGAUGUUCCAGCAGCAAAUGUUCCAGCAGCAAAUUGCUGCUAUUCAGAUGCAGCAGCAGGCGGCAGUUCAGGCGCAGCAACAACAGCAGCAGCAGCAGCAGCAAGUCUCGCAGCAGCAGCAGGUGAACGCCCAGCAACAGCAAGCGGUAGCGCAGCAGCAGCAGGCGGUGGCGCAGGCUCAGCAACAGCAAAGGGAGCAGCAACAGCAAGUGGCCCAAGCGCAGGCGCAGCAGCAGCAGGCGCUGGCUAACGCGACUCAGCAGAUCCUGCAGGUGGCUCCCAGCCAAUUCAUCACAUCUCACCAGCAACAGCAGCAACUGCACAACCAACUGAUACAGCAGCAACUGCAGCAACAGGCGCAGGCACAGGUGCAGGCCCAAGCGCAGCAGCGGGAGCAGCAGCAGCAGAAUAUCAUCCAGCAGAUUGUGGUCCAGCAGUCGGGUGGCGCUACUGCCCAACAGCAGCAGCAAUCACAACAGCAAUCCGGACAGCUGCAGCUGAGCAGCGUGCCCUUCUCGGUUUCAUCGACAACGACCCCAGCCGGAAUAGCCACCUCCACUGCCCUGCAGGCGGCUCUCUCCGCCUCUGGCGCCAUUUUCCAGUCGGCCAAGCCCGGCACCUGCAGUUCCUCCCUCCCCACCAGCAGUGUGGUCACAAUUACCAACCAGAGCACCACUCCGCUGGUCACCAGCAGCACGAUGGCCAGUCUGCAGCAGGCGCAUGCCCAAGCUCAGCUCCAGCAGCAGCAGCAACAACAGCAGCAACAACAGCAGCAGCAGCUAAUCACGGCCACCAUUGCAGCAGCAACUCAACAGCAGCAGCAGGGACCCCCUUCACUUACGCCCACCACGCCCUCACCAACCACGAAUCCCAUCCUGGCCAUGACCUCGAUGAUGAAUGCCACGGUGGGGCACCUCUCUACGGCUCCGCCUGUGACUGUUUCUGUGACUAGCACCGCUAUCACUCCUUCGCCGGGUCAGCUGGUCACGCUCAGCAGUGCUGGCAGCGGAGGGGGAGGAAGCUUUGUAUCCACGCCCUCCAAGGAGACACCAACAAAGAUGCCCACAGCCACCCUGGUGCCCAUUGAUUCGCCCAUUGCUCCUGCAUCUGGACAUGAUACCUGCACCACACCCAAAUCCUCCACUUCUGCUAGUGUCAGUGCAUCCGUAGAGGCCAGCAGUUCCACGAAUGACGCUCUGCCCAACGGAGAGAACACAGAUCGGGCUUCCACGCCCUCCAAGGUCCCCACCACUCCCACCAGCAAGCAAAGCAAUGCGGUGCUGCCGACGAGCAGCAGCACCACUCCCAGCACUGCCAGUGGAAAGGAAGAACACAAGGUGGCUACCUCCGUCAGCUCCACGUCCGCAACAUCAACGCCAACCACGACAACGAUCAGCAAUGGGAUCGGGAUAGCCAGAACAACAUCAAGUACCGCUUCCAGUACAACGGCUAGCACAACCACCACCAGCUGCAGCACUUUAACCACGAGUUGUACCAGCACCACCACAACUACUACGACGAGCAUCAGCAAUGGAGCUAAAGAUCUGCCCAAGGCGAUGAUAAAGCCGAAUGUUCUAACCCACGUCAUCGGUGAUUUCAUCAUUCAAGAGUCCAACGAACCAUUUCCGGUCACCAGACAGCGAUAUGCGGACAAGGACGUCAGCGAUGAGCCGCCAAAGAAAAAGGCAGCCAUGCAGGAGGACAUCAAGCCGAGUGGAAUAGCAUCAGCUCCAGCCUCGGACAUGGUUGCUUGCGAACAGUGCGGAAAACUGGAACACAAAACGAAACUCAAGCGGAAGCGCUUCUGCUCGCCGGGAUGCGCCAAGCAAGCCAAGAACGGCAUCGGAGGAGUUGGAACAGGAGAGAUAAACGGCCUGGGCACGGGUGGCAUCGUAGGCGUGGACGCCAUGGCAUUGGUAGACAAACUGGACGAGGCCAUGGCCGAGGAGAAGAUGCAGACGGAGGCCAUGCAAGCGAUGUGCGAAACCCUGCCCAUUCAGUCGGCUCCAACGGAGGUGGCACCGAUGACAAUGCCAGUAUUAGCGGCCAUUCCGGCCUCUUCGCCUAUUUCAUUACCCAUGGCAUUGUCAUUGCCAGUUGCAAUUGCUGUUCCUGCACCACUGCCAGUGGCUCCAGCUGGAGAAAUCACUCCUGCGGUAACCCUACCAUCAAGUAAUGUGAAUGGAUCGGAUCGCCCGCCUAUCAGCAGCUGGAGUGUGGAGGAGGUCAGCAACUUCAUCCGGGAACUGCCUGGGUGUCAGGAUUACGUGGACGACUUUAUCCAACAGGAAAUCGACGGCCAGGCGCUGCUGCUGCUUAAGGAGAACCAUCUAGUGCACGCCAUGGGCAUGAAGUUGGGCCCAGCCCUUAAAAUAGUGGCCAAGGUGGAGUCCAUGAAGGAGGUGCCGCCGCCAGGCGAUACGAAGGAUGCGGCGGCGGGUGGAGCGCAAUAGUGUCAGCAAAAUGAGCCAGGUGAAAUGAUGCCGUCGCCCUCGUAUUCGAUUACCCCGCCGCCGUACUCGCCGGUGGGUCCUGGUACGGACAGGCAAGCCGCUCAAACUCCAACUCCGACUCUUACUCCCACUCCCGCUGCUGCCAGCACUCCGCCGGAGUCUGAGGACAGCAGCGGGGGCAGUCACCUGUGCUUCGACCUGACCACGCGCCUAUGCCACGACCUUAGGCUGGAGGAGGAGCCAUAGCUCUGGACCGGGUCCAACCAGGUCCGUCGCCCGAGCUGAAUCUGAUUCGCUUGAAGCGGGCUGUAGACUUUUUGUACGUAAAUCUAGAUUUAACUAGAGGGGUGUUGUCGUAGCUCAAGUAAAAGGCCGCCGCAUGUAUGAUAAAGCAUAGACUGUUGUCCCAGUCAUCAAUUCAUCAAUUCAUCAAUCAACUUGUAUAGAACUUCACCACUACACCUAAGCGCUAACGUAUAUGUUUAAACGUUGUUAAUCACUACACAACACCCCAUGGGAAGAGCGUUUAAGAAUCACUUAAACUAGAGGUAAGCUGGGAAUAUAUUUACACAUUUAGCAUUAAAACUUACGCCUGAAGUAAUUCCUAAGUGAAACUGAAUUGAGAACGACAACUGAAAAUUUAAUUUAUUGACUUAUUGAGCGCAUAACGAGCAGCGUUCGCAGGAAUUCUGGCCGGCAUGGCUAGGCUCCGAAUAAACAGGCGAACCCUGCGAGUUUGCAAGAACCUUCUAUUUUUUUUUAAUUUUUAAAAUUGCUAGUUACAUAAUUUAGGUUUAAUUCCCAUAAAAUCUGUCACCUUAUGGGUGUUUUAAUACAACUCUUAAUAGUGACAGCGAGCUCUCAAUAAAAUAAUACAUUUAUUUUGGCUUGAGUUUACGAAUAGAACCAUUUGGGUUCCAACAAAUGAACGACUGUAUCUACAAAUUCACCUUAGUUUAUACAUACAUACUGAACAAAAUAAAACCUGUCACUGUCAACUGUUUUAAAUGAA